GCUAUGGAUAAUGAAUAUGAGAUAAGCAAAUAUGCUUAUAGCACUGAGGAUUAUUAUGAAGACACAUUAAAUGUUAUCCACAAUGAGGACCACAGCAAAGUCAGUGACAUAGCUAUCCGGAUUGCUCCUACUCUACUCUACAUGGUUGUCUGGUUUUUGGGUGUCAUUGGAAACGGCCUCGUCAUUGGUAUAAUUGCUUUUAAGAUGAAGAAAUCUGUGAACACUAUCUGGCUUUUUAAUCUGGCCUUAGCUGACUUUAUGUUCACAUUUUUCCUACCUCUGACUGUGGUUUAUACAGCCAUGGAUCACCACUGGAUAUUUGGAAAGGCCAUGUGUAAACUGAACUCUUUCAUUUUGGCAUUGAACAUGUUCACUAGUGUCCUUCUGCUGACCAUUAUUAGUCUGGAUCGUUGCAUAUCUGUUGUGCUUCCUGUUUGGUCACAGAACCAUCGUUCCACCAGGCUUGCCAGCUUUCUGUCUGCAGUCACAUGGUUUAUUGGAUUCUUCCUAAGCUCACCUUCUUUUGUUUUCCGUGAUACUGGACUUGAAAAUAACAAGCAAAUCUGUUUCAAUAAUUAUUCAAUGUUUGGUAAAAACGAUUUUAAUGAC